UUUUGGAAACACACUUUUGGAGGACCACACACUUGAACUCCUCAGCUUCCCACUCGCUCUCUAGAAUCCAGAACCUGUAGCUUCUCUGUAGAUAUAUAGUCCUCUUUCACUGGUUUGAUUGAAGGGCCAUUAUCAGGAAAUAUUGAGUGUUGUUGUAGCUUCAAGGAGAGUGAUGGUGGGCUUAAUUGCCGCAGGAAUGGAUGCCAUGCUCUAUCCAACUUGUGCUCUCCCUCUAAGAGUUCAAAAUGCCACACCAUGUCCCUUCAUGGUUUCUCUCUCUAAGAGAAAUGCUCUAAACAGUGAUGAAGAAGAGAGUGGUUUGGUCUUGAGGAGGAGGUCUGCUGUUGUAAAUGGUUUUUCUCUGGUCUUUACAGUGUUGGGUUUUCCAAGGGAUGGGUUAGCAACAGUGAAGCAGGGUCUAUUGCCUGGAAGGGUUCCUGGUCUUUCAGAACCAGAUGAAAAUGACAGGUUGGAGGACUUAUCGCAGACCAGAUGCGAAGUCUGGGGGUCAUGGAGUUGGGUGGAGUCCCAUUAUUCCUUACACUUUUGCAGUACCCCAGGAUUGGGAAGAGGUUCCUGUCUCAAUUGCGGAUCUUGGGGGUACAGAGAUUGAUUUGAGAUUUGCAAGCACUAAGGAAGGGCGUUUAUCUGUUGUUGUUGCACCUGUACUCAGAUUUGCAGAUCUUGGGGAGAAUACAAAAAUCGAAGAUAUUGGACCACCUGAUAAAGUAAUUGCAGCAUUCGGGCCUGAGGUUAUAGGCGAAAAUGUCGAGGGUAAGGUAUUGAGCAUGGAAGUUUCAGAACAUUCGGGGAGGAAAUACUACCAGUAUGAACUUGAGCCACCCCAUGCUUUAAUAACUGCAACUGCAGCAGGCAAUAGACUCUACCUCUUCAAUAUAACCGGAAGUGGUCUUCAAUGGAAAAGGCAUUACAAGGACCUGAAGCGAAUUGCUGAUUCUUUUCGCGUGGUCUAAUAUUGUGCACACAAAGGUAAAUACAAAGAUAAGGGCCAAAUUCAAGAUCGAAGGAAAUUACUUAUGUGGUCCUUUAUGGGUGCAGCAUGCUUUUAGUGUAGAGUGAUCUAUCAGCAAUAUGAAUGUCCUCUUGUUGGGGUGGUGCAUGCACAAUGUGUCAAAUAGUGAGCAGUUUUGAGUCAUUCACAGAUUAUAUAGUGAAAAGGAGAUGUAUUAUUGUCUACCAACUUUCUCAUUAAUUAAUAUUAUUAAUUCAAAAUAUUCCUUUAAAUUCCAAA